CUGCAUUUCAGACCGCCCGCAGCCAUCUCUCGAUAAAGUUUUUUUUUAUUGUUGCUUCUAAAAUUGCAUCUCGGCUUAUUAUACGGGUGUCUUGUCGUCAACCAGUCACAGCUAUUUCUCCACUAUAAAUCUUCAACCAUGGCGACACCGACUCAUCUCUACCCAGGCGUAAAUCUCGCCCUUCGAGAAAUGCCCGAGAAGGAAUUGAACUUCAACAAUGAAUAUCUGUUUUAUCCCAUUGGAUUCCCCGAGUACCCGGGGAGUAAAUCUGUCGUCAUGCCUGUGAAAGAGGUGGCGAUGAUGAUUCUCAUAGAUACGUUGACGGAUAAACCAGAUUGGCACAAAAAGGUUUUUGACGAGGUAAUUGUUCAGAAGUGGAGAGACGAAGCGCGGCAACAGAGUGAGGAUGGCUUGUAUGCGAGGAUUAUGCAGGAUAAAUUGGGGGAGGGUCCUCGUAAGCCUCGGGCUAGAAUUAUCACUGAUGCGGCGUUUGACUAUUGCAUUGAAGAGCUACGUGGAAAGGCAAAGCAUUUUGAGCAUUCAGGCCUGAUCCCGAUUCUUGAUGGACCCGGCAACACGAUCAUCAAGUCAGACUCGUUCAUCGACGAGAGUCUCCAUCGGGACCUCAACAGAGCGUGCUAUACUCUCUGGAAAGACCAGGAAAGCAAUGUUGACUGGCAUCCGCGAAGUAACGACAUGGUGCAUAAUCUGAUCCAUCCUUCCAUGCACAAUUUCGUCUACGCAGAUCGCUCACCGUUCAUUCAAGAAGAAGUCGUCGGCGUGUCCACUGCCCUUGAACUCAUGGGUAAAGGCGACCCCGUGUGGGGACAGACCCCUCUAGCCCGAGAGAAUGAGUUCGGGUCAAAUUUUAGGGUUGGUUCAGGCAAGGUCCUCCCAGAAUACUGGUCCGAUAAAUACCAGUGGCUCCCCGCCAACGUUGGGUUUCGAGAGGACGGCAGUGCUGAGUUCACGAGUUACGUGAAUAAUCUCCACCCCACAAAGUUUUCUGAUAUCUACAAAACCACUGAGAGGUUGGUUGACAGGGCUAUUCCUGCUUGGGAUCAUUGCUUGCGGGAGGUCACUCACUUCGACGACAAGAGCUUUGCGGGGAGAAAUGAGUCACGGUUUGAAUGGAUACAUGCGGCUUCUGACGAAGACGACGACCUAUGGACGCCAGAGUUUGACGUCGACGAGUUUCUUCACAAAGACGUCGAACUCACGCAUCAAGAACUCCGUGACUUGGAAGAAGAGUGCUACCACGAUGCGGAGGACCCAGUUGAAUUCGAUGAAGAUGAGUAUGAACGCAGAAUGAACGAAGGCCUUCCCCCUCUUACACCCAAUGUCGAUGAUGAGACCAUGGCUGAAGCAAAAUGGGUAAAGUUCCGCGACGCUAUACUCCCUGACCCAAAGCCAUUUGAAGAAGUAGGCUAUGCACCAAAGCAGAGCUUGCGGGAGAAGUUCAAGAAGAAUGGAUUGCAGAUCGUUGUCAAGAUGGCGAGUAUUGAGCUCACGCCUGAGAAACCGGAUUUUCCUGCUGGAAGUUGGCAUCUCGAAGGUCAGAUGAACGAGAAAAUCGCCGCAACUGCACUGUACUAUUUCGACAGUGAAAACACUGGCCAGGAUGAUUAUCACUAUCUUGAAAGGGUGUAUGGCACAGAUCUAGGAGCGCAAGGUGGAUUCGCUAGAUCUUGUGUUCAAAGCUACGGAGAUGUUGACACGCCAGAGGGCCGUCUCCUCGCUUUUCCUAACGUCUUUCAACAUCGCGUAUCUUCUUUCAAGCUACAGGAUCCUACGAAGCCUGGGCAUCGUCGGUUCAUAGCUCUUUGGCUGAUUGAUCCGCACCGAAGAAUCCUUUCGACGGCGAAUGUGCCGCCUCAGAAAAGGGAUUGGUGGACAGGAAGCGGUGAGGUGCCUAGGGGACUCAUGGAUGUUGAGGAAGCGCGGGCACAUCGGCUGAAGUUGAUAGAUGAGAGGACUGCGGAGAAGGCGAGGUUUCACUGGGAGGCGAUUGAUUACAACUUCUGUGAACACAUUGUAAGUAUCGUAAAGUUCAAUGUCGAGUGCAAAUGUUGUACAACCAAGCCUCAAUACGAAUCUAAACCGCCCAAGUAGGAUAUCACCGAAGUCCUCAUCACAUCCGGCCAAACGCAGCGCUCUACAUGACAUGUGCAAAUCACAACUCCUAAAUGUUAUACUAUCUAUAAAUGAAUACGAGAUAGCAUUAAUCUCGAGAUUGUCUCUCCACCCAACCAUAUCGUGAUUCAUGUCCAAGACAAAAUCCUCUCAUGAUGGACAGCUGACUUGUCUCAGAUACUGACCUCUGAGUGGUCGCG